GGCCCCAGGGUCAGGGGUGGGCGGUCAUCACCUCCGGCAAAGCCCGGUCUGGAACUCCUCCCGACAACCUGUGUCAGCUACAAGGUUUACCAAACUCAGGCCUGCGGGCCUCCCCUCCCUCCUCCAAACCUGCACUAGAAAAAGGGUCUUGAGAGUUGCUCGCCCCCGGACACCUGGGGUUCCGGGUACCCAGCUCCCGGACACAUCAGAGCCCUUCCUUGCCCUCUGAGUGAACUGAUCCCUAACAAGUCGGAGAUGAGCCAGGCGUUGCAGGGAAGGGUCGCGGGUGCAGAGGCCUCCCGGGGCCUGUGACGCCAGGCGAAGUGGUGACCUGAGAGCUGUCGCGGCUGCGGGAGAGGAAAAGGGACAGAGGAGGGCUGCAGGCAAGGGGGAGGAGGUAAAUGCUGGGGCUCCAGAGCCGGUGAGAGGACUUGAGCCUCGAGUGGACGGGCAAGACGGGGCCCCGGGGCCGGAGACCCAGAGAUCAGAGGAUGCAGCACCGAGGCCUCUUCCUUCUAGCCCUUCUUGCCCUCCUGGCACUCACGUCCGCUGUGGCCAAAAAGAAAGACAAGGUGAGGAAGGGCAGCCUGGGGAGCGAGUGUUCCGAGUGGACCUGGGGGCCCUGCACCCCCAGCAGCAAAGACUGCGGCGUGGGUUUCCGCGAGGGCACCUGCGGAGCCCAGACCCAGCGCAUCCAUUGCAAGGUGCCCUGCAACUGGAAGAAAGAAUUUGGAGCCGACUGCAAAUACAAGUUUGAGAGCUGGGGGGCGUGUGAUGGGAGCACUGGCACCAAAGCCCGCCAAGGGACCCUGAAGAAGGCUCGCUACAACGCCCAGUGCCAGGAGACCAUUCGUGUGACCAAGCCCUGUACCUCCAAGAGCAAGUCGAAGGCCAAAGCCAAGAAAGGGAAAGGAAAAGCCUGAGGUCGGGACGCUGGAGAGCCUCUGACCUUACCUGGGUCCCGGAAGGAGCCUUCCUUUCAGCGGGCCCAAAACAUAACCAGUGCCUUUUGCCUCUCUGUCAGCUUUGCCAAUCACGCCUCUGCUCUCUCACGCCACACCAAGUGCCCAAAGUAGGGAGGGACCAGGGAUUCUGGGAAGCUUGCGCCUCCCCACAGAGGGAUCCGUUCCCAGCACCCCAUUUUGUUCUCCCCGCCCUGAUACCUGUUACUAAGAAAUGAAUAAAAUGAGCUCACAUUUUUUUCUUCAA